CAAUGUUAGAGAGAGAGAGAGAGAGAGAGAGAGGUGAGAAGAAGUGAGAACAAAAAUAGAGAAAGCAAAAGCAAUGGAAGUAGUACAGGGCGACGGCAAUGGCAACUACGACGAUGGAAACUACAACAACAACAAUGACAACAAGAGCAAAAACUUUUCAUGGAGCUCCGCAACAGACUGGACUGUCGUUGGUGGCUCUCUCGACACUUCCGUCGCCUUCGAGACUUCGGACUCUCCAAUCGACUCCGAAACCCUUUAUUCCAAGAGAAGACCUCCUCUUAUUCUGAAACCCCCCUCAUCUGAUUGUGGCCCGUGCGAGAUUAAGUUAAGUUUCACACAAAAGCAUGAGGUCCGGCAGGUCUAUAUCCGAAGUACAGCUCGAGUCUUUGAGAUUUAUUUUGCACCUUCACUGCAUGUUGGCAAUGAGUAUCUCUGUACAGUUCGCUGCGGCAUUGCUGCCAGAGAUGGUAAAGUACUCCAUCCAACUAAUACUGAAGAACCUGCUGAUGCACAGCCAGAUGGGUCUGCUGGAGAACUGGCUAAAGAUAAAUGCAAUGAUGAUGGGAAGUUUGCCUCCAAUGAAGAUGACUGGGUAAAGGUGAAAGUCCCUGAUCUUUCAUUGCAAGAUAACCAAAACACUUCAAUGCCCAAAAAGAUUGAUGUCAUCCUAGGAACAAGCAUUCAGGAUUUUUAUGAGGCUACAGCAGAGAUUGCUGAUGCAGAUGCUUGCAUAUCCCUUACACUUCGUUUGCUAUCACUUGAAAGUAAAGGUUGCCUAUAUGUUGAUGAGAUUUAUGUAUUUGCUGACAUUGUUGAGCCAGCUGAUUCAGAAACUCAGGCUCCUCAGGUGGGAAACUAUGCUGGAAGUUCUCUUAUGGCCAUGCUUGCCCCUACACUUUUGCAACUGUCUAAAACUGGAAUUAACAGAAGAGCAGAUGAAUAUUCUGAUACAACAGAAAAAGGAGAGUCCAUGGAACUUGGGUCAAGAGUAACUGAUUCAAAUAAUAUCGUAGAUAAAAUUCACCAGGAAGAAAGCAUCGCUGCUCAGCAGGAUGUGAAAUUGCUGGAAGUGACUGAACCCAAGCCUCAAUUCCCAAUUCUGGCACAAGUUUCAGAUCAAAGACAUGAUCCUGUUGCCAAAAAUAAUGUGCCAAAUGAUCACUUUGAGAGAGUCCUGGAACAGAUUGUUUCUCGAGUAAGCAGAAUAGAAGAUGUCUGCUUGAGGUUUGAAGAAAACAUGCUAAAGCCCAUAAGUAGCAUGGAGGCAAGGCUCCAGCGGGUAGAGCAGAAAAUGGACAUGCUCACCAAGAAUUUCCAGUACUCUGGGUCGCGUUCUGGUGCAAGAAUUUCUGCUUCUGCAUUUUUAUGCAACGGAUCCAAUUCUGUCUCCUUCUGUAAUGAGGGAAGUGAUUGUUCUGUUUGGGAGGCAUUCGAAUUGGAAAAGAAGGAUAUCCCUUGUGAUGAGUUAUCUAAUCCACCUGAAGAUGUUUCUGUUUCAGUGAAUGAUACUCAGUUUCUCCCAAGUCUUGUGGUCACUGCCCCAGAGUUCUCAUGUGGUGAUGAUGAGGAAAACAAUGAUGCUGUGGAACCAUUAGAUGAUCGUCCACAAGAAAAAAUGAAGCAAGCUUUGUCAAUUGACGAUGCUCUAGCUGCUGCACUUGCUGGCUUUUUAUCUACGUCUAGUGUCCAGCCUUCUGAUUAUACCCAAACACUUGCAGUUAAAGCUCCUGAUUUUACAAUUGAGGAAAAUGGUGAUGAAGGAGAAGUAACCUCACUUGGUGCUCGAAGCGACGAACCUGUAGUUCCCCCCAUCUUUUCCUAUGAAUCUAACGGACAGUGCAUGAAUGAUUCAAUUUCGACCUGCAGCAGCUCUCCUUCAAUACUGGGUAUGGGGCAAGUGAUGGGAAAUCCGGAUGAUGACUGCUUCAAGGAAACAUCUCAAGGAGUUCAUGGACACGACCAGUUGCAUAAAGGGAAUGCUAGUUGCAGUUCUCUGGGCACUAGUGCUAACUGUCUCACUUCUCAAGCUGAACAUGGGGUACUAGCACAAACAGAUGAUUGUCAGACAGCUGUGUCAACUGGCAGAGGGGAAGCUAGCAAUGGAAUUAAUAUUCCUGUUUCUGAGAAAACUGACAUUCUGAGACAGUUCCUUCAAAGUGAGACUAGCAGCAGCUCUGAUGCUUUCCAUGGAGGUGCUGUUGCAGGUGCUAAAGAUGUAGUAGAAGGGUCUAAAAAAGAUGUGUUGCAAAAUAUUUUCGAAUAUCCAUCCAUUUCUUGUGUAUUGGAUUUUGAACUUCCUAUCCUGGAUGUGAAAUUUGCUUCCUGGGAAACUUCCAGAAUCAAGUCCCCUCUUGGAGGCCUUUUGUCUAGCAUUCCUGAAUUUGAGGUUGAAGCUCCGUGUGUCCAGCAACGAGAUAAUACUGUAAUUGGUGAGCAAAGUAACUUAAUUCUUGUGGAAGAUGGAGACCAAAACUGUCCUGCGACUAGUGACAGUCUUCUAGUGGAUUGGGAUGGUUACGAUGUAAGAGAUAUGUCUUCACAUGUGGAUGGUGAAGCCCCGCAGGAUUUUUCUAUAUGCAACAAGCAAGAAAGGUAUGAAAGUCUCAUAUAAGGCUGCUUUUGUCUAUAACAUUAACCGUAUAUCUGUAUACAGUACUGGACUAAAAGACGAAUCCGGUGUUUAUUGUUUUGUUCUCUAGUAAUGGUUAUCUAUUUUGACACCAAAAGGAUGAACUUCCAAUUCAUUACCCUUUUCUUUUGACCAUCUUGUGAUCAUGAUGUUGCUACAAGUUUAUGUUUACUCUCGAAGGUAUUUGAUCUUA